CUCAAACUCUGUUCUGUUCCGGCGUUUGAGAGGAAGGCAGUUAACGUCGUGAGCUGCGGUGCAACAAUGUGCCGUUUCAGUCAGCAGUGGGGAGGAUCUCCAUUUUGCCUGUAUGUCUUGAUCCUCUUUCCGAGUUGCUGCUUUUGCAUCGCCUCAUCUCUGCCCCUUACGGCUGCACCUCUCUUUACGGACAGACCUUUUGCAGUCAUUUGGAAUGCACCCACCCAUGUGUGCAAGAAGCUCAAGAUCCCUUUGGACCUUUCUGCAUUCCAAGCUGUAACAACACCAGCCAGUGAACCUGAUCAGUUUCUCUCCCUCUUCUACUCCUCUAGGUUUGGACUGUAUCCAUGCGUAGACACUACUACCAAUAAGGAGUAUAAUGGGGGUAUUCCCCAGAAGGGAAACCUAACAGCCAACAUUGAGAAAGCUUCUAGUGAUAUCACAAAGUACAUUCCUGAGUUCAGGACUGGCUUGGCUGUGAUCGAUUGGGAAUCAUGGCAUGCACUGUGGGCAAGAAACUGGGGCUUCAGAGACAUCUAUCGGAAGCUAUCAAUUCAAUAUGUCAAAGAAAAACUCCCAUCUCUAUCACCUAACAAGGUUGUUACUGUUGCCACUGAAGCGUUUCAGAAAGCAGCCAGGUCUUACUUAGGAGAGACAUUGAAUUUGGCGAUCAGACUACGUCCAAACUACCUCUGGGGUUACUAUCUGUUUCCAGAUUGCUAUAAUUACAACUGGAAUGACCCAGCGUACACAGGAGAGUGUCCAGCAAUAGAGAUAACCCGUAAUAACAACCUUCUUUGGCUGUGGGAGUCCAGUACAGCUUUGUACCCUUCUGCAUACCUGCCACUAUCUCUGAGGGAAACUACCAAAGCAGCUCUCUUCGUCAGAGGCAUGGUAAAGGAAGCUGUGAGGGUGUCUGCUCUUCCAAAACAAAUCUACAAGGCACCUAUUUAUGUCUAUCUGCGACCUCUUUUCCGUGAUCAGAACAAAGUAUACUUGAGUGAGGCAGAUCUAGUCAGGACUAUUGGGGAGAGUGCAGCCUUAGGUGCAUCAGGGGUAGUGCUUUGGGGUGCAAGUGCUGACUACAGCAAUAAGGACUCAUGUGAAGCACUGGCUGCCUACCUGCCAUCCACACUUUACCCUUAUUUGACCAAUGUAACUGCAGCUGCAAAACUCUGCAGUGAUUCUCUGUGCCAGGGCAAUGGACGCUGUGUCCGCAAGAACCCCAACUCGUUUGACUACCUCCACCUCAACUCGGAUCACUUUCAAAUUCAGGUGUGGAAUGGGAAACAGCUGGCUAUUGGCAUGCCUUCUCUAAAUGACCUUAAGGACUUUGCAGACAAGUUUACCUGUCAUUGCUAUGUGGGAAAAGAAUGCUCUGACAGCUUGUCCAUUGUGCCUUCCGUGACUCCAGUAGUUAUUCAAGUAUAA